AGAAAAAAAAUGGACAAAUCAGGAACUCAAACUUUUCAAUUUUUGACUUGUGGUGGAAUAAAAUAAAACUUUUUCUGUUGUAAAGUUGGCAUUUUUUCAUCUAGACCUUUGAAAUCUAAACUGAUGUUAUUAUGGCCUUCGAGAUUAUAUCAAGUGCAUGCUGAUGCAAUAUUUGAAUAAUCACACCACGUAGCUAAUACGUUAGCAUACUAUUUCCUUAAUUUUGAUAUAUUUUAAAUUCCAAUGAUGUAUUUAAAUAUUAAUCCCGGAUCUUUUGAUUCCACCAAGAGAUAUAAAAAUGCACUUUCACCCCUAUAAAUUUGAAAAGAUGAAUUCUUAUUAAAUAAAAGUCAUCAAUGAAUUUUCUACCCAGCCAUAAUAGCAAGAUAUGAUAUGAUUCCCUCCCAAAAAUAACUAGCUUAUAAGUUGACCAACACCACACCUCACAGCAAUCACUCAUGCAAAUGCGGCUCUUCCCGCCUCUCCAAUUUAUAUAUAUCUGUCUCCAAUCUCCACUCCACUUCAACACCAGAACCAGUCCAAACUCUACCUGCCUGAUCAUUAACUACCUAAAAUGACUAAAAAAGGCAUUCUAAACCUCCUCUCCCAUCACCACAGCAACGAUGAUAAUGAUCAUCAUGAUUCACACCAUGAUCAUCACCACCAUCAUCGCUUCUUAAGCAUGCUACUUCCCCGCCACCACCAUACCCAAGAUCAUCUCGAUCACAACCACAAAGUCCACAACCAUGAUCAUGCCGUUGAUGAUGAUGAUCAUCAACAUCGGCAUGGCAUGAAGAGCAUACUAUCCCAUCUCCAUCUCCAUCUCCAUCCCCAUCACCACCGCCAUCAUCAUCGUCACCACCACGAUGACUUGACGACGGAGCAGAGCGUUUCGGCCACGGUAAUGGAGGAGAACAUCAACGUGGCCGAGCCCAUCGUCCUCAAGUGGGACGACAACACGAGUCCCUACGCUAAAAUUACCUGGCUUUUCAGUGAUGAUCGCGCUGAGGCGCACCAGUUCCUCCGCGCAGUUGCUGAGCUUCAGGCCGCUAUGCUCUUCUUCGUCUCGAGCGAGCACGGUGGCGCCUCCGUCUCUCGAUCCCACUCCUUGGCGCGCGCCCAAACGCUCAUGCAAACCGCCAUGCGCCGUCUCGAGCGCGAGUUCUACCAAAUUCUCUCCGCGAACCGCGACCGCCUCGACCCUGAAUCGAUUUCUACCCAAUCGUCUAACUCCUCGGUCUCUGUGGCCUCUGAUGGCGGCGAUGACGCCGAUGAAGAGCUCCGCGCGGCGGGGGAUUUCAUCAGUGAGGUUGAGAACACUUCGGCGCUCGCCAUGACCGAUCUCCGUGACAUCGCUGACGCAAUGAUCUCCGCCGGGUACGGCAAGGAGUGCGUUCAAAUCUACAGAGUCAUCAGGAAAUCCAUUGUUGAUGAGGGCCUCUACCGGCUUGGAUUUGAAAACCAUGCUCCUAAUCAAAUCCAGAAGCUCGAAUGGGAGGCUCUGGAUCUCAAGAUCAGGAGCUGGACCUCCGUCGCCAAGGUCGCCGUCAAAACCCUCUUCUCCGGCGAGCGGAUCCUUUGCGAUCACGUCUUCGGAGGGUCUGAACCGAUCCGUGAGUCGUGCUUCGCCGAUGUCGCGAGAGACGCCGCCGUGCAGUUCCUCGGAUUUGCUGAAUCAGUGACCAGGACGAAGCGAUCACCGGAGAAGUUGUUUCGAAUGUUGGAACUCUACGACACGAUCUCGGAUCUCUGCUCGGAUAUAGCCACCAUUUUCUCCUUCGAAUCAACCGCCGCCGUGCGAUCCCAAGCUAUAACAUCACUCCAAAAACUCAGUGAAACCACGAGAUCAACACUCAAUGACUUCGAGUCAACGAUCCAGAAGGACGCAUCCAAAAUCCCCCCGCCGGGAGCUGGAAUCCACCCGCUAACCAGCUCCGCAACGAUCUACAUCACCUCCCUCGCCGAUUACGAAGCACCGCUGGCCGAGAUCCUCGAGGAAGGGGCGAUCCAGACGCAGACCUCAGCCUUCUACUCCGAUGGGACGGUAUCAUCGCCAUCAACGGCAUCCUUCUCAUCAAACGAAGGGAUCCGAUCAACAAUGGCGGCGAGAUUGGCCAGGCUUCUCUUGGUGCUGAUCUGCAAACUGGAUUCCAAGGCAGGGAUAUACAAGGAAGGAUCAAUGACAUACCUAUUUCUCGCGAACAAUCUCUGGUUCAUCAGCCGGAAGGUGAAGGAGAGCAAGCUAGGGUUCAUCCUGGGGGAAGAGUGGGUGGCGCAGCAAGCAGCAACGGCGAGACAACACGCCGGGAACUACCAGAGGGCCGCGUGGGGGAGAACAACGGCGGUGGCGGCGGCCGCCGAGGGCGUCGCGGGGGCGGAAGAGGCGUGGGAGAAGGUUAGGGCUUUUAAUGUCGCGUUUGAGGAGACGAUGAGAUCGCAAGGAGAGUGCGUGAUUGCGGAUGCGGAGUUGAGAGAAGAGGUUAGGGCGUCGAUUGCGGGUUCGAUUGUUCCGGGUUAUCGGAUCCUUUAUGACAAGUGCUGCGAAGCGCGGGAACCCGCUAUGAGUGUGGCUAGAUACUACUCGCCUGAUGAUGUGUGGAUUCGGGUUUCGGGUCUUUUUGAGAAUUUAACGGGUUUGGGUCACGGUUCGUUUAAGGUAAGCCCACGGGCCCGUUAAAAGGGAACUUUCAGCUUGAGUUGCAAGUUGUGAAAACGAAUAAGA